CUUAUCUCUCACUUUCAACACCUUCUUCUCGCCUUCAGUCUAUCGUUGCUCACAACAUAUGCUUCCUGAGCAGUAACGUUGAACUCCAGUAACAAUGGCGUCUCAGAUUCUUGCACCAGCGGCUUCAGGGCCACAUGCCGCUAAAGAAAUGAAAGUCCUUUCGUUGGGAAUGACACGGACUGGCUCGGCUUCCGUCACCAAAGCUCUCACAAUCUUGGGCUACCAAGGAGUCCACCACGGCAUACAGGCUAUAUCUUCACCUCGCGAAUGGGCGCUAUUUUCUCGCGCCGCGGACUCGGUGUUUCCCACACUCCCGACUCACAACGGCGCUCCGUUUACCCGCAAAGACUGGGAAUCUCUCUUCGGCUCAUACGAAGCAGUCACUGAUAUGGGUUCCUUCUUCGCACUCCAACUCAUUGAGGCGUUUCCAGAAGCCAAAGUUAUCCUUGUUGAGCGCGACGUCGACAGCUGGUUCCAUAGCAUGGACGAAGCCAUCUUCAAGACCACCUGGGGCUUGCGCGCGGACCUGAUCAUUGACUUUCUGGGGCCGGCAUGGGGCUUGAACGGCGGAAGGACUCUGCGGAAAAUUCUACUAGGAUUUUACGGCGUUGGAAACGUCAAAGAGAUGAGAGAGGUCGCCAAAGAUCGUUAUAGGAAGCACUAUGCUGAGGUCCGGGCUGCUGUCCCCAAGGAUCAGCUUUUGGAGUUCAAGUUGGAGGACGGCUGGGUGCCGUUGUGCGAGUUCCUCGGUGAAGACGUCCCGGGCAGCGUUGAGUUCCCUGUGGCGAACCAGAGGAAAGAGCAUCUUGAGCGCGUUAGAACGAGACAGAACCGGUUCUUCAAGCUCGCUUUCUUUACUGGUCUGCGGAAGGUGAUGCCAUGGGCAUUUGGUCUUGGGGUCGUUGCAGCGGGCAUGUACUUUGCGAAGCCGACUUGGAAGCCAGGUCGGUUUGGAUUGGUUGAGCUGAAUCGCGUCUUUGAGACAAUACUGAAAGACAUCCAGCUCCAGCUGAAGGGCACUAUGAAGAGACGCCUGCUUGUGCACUGUUUCCACUCCAUCAUAAUGAAUUGGAUGCGGGUUAAUCAAAACUCCACUUCAGUGCACGAGGCCCCUGUCCACCACAUCGUGAAAGAUGAUCUUAGGGCUUGGCAAGCUCGAAGUGAUGGUCGCAUCGCUACGCCGUUUCUCAGCCCUGCUAUGCCCGUCUCCGGCAAUCAAACUAUUUGGAAAUUCUCAUCUCAUCAAUGGAGUCUAAUCGAGAAACAAUUGUUCGAUGGCUCGGGAAAAGACCACCCUCAAAUCCAGGGGUCACAUUUGGGAUACCUUGGCGACAAGGAGUCUGCUACCUCUCGAACACCAGUUUCAUUUGCAGAACAGAGAACAUGGCCAACAGCAUUCUGGCCUGACGGAUCUAUGAAAUGGACAAGUCAUGCGAUCCCUGCAUCAGCGACGGCAGAUGAGAGCUACCGCGUCGUUGCGAUUGACUCAUCGGACGCAGUCAUACAGAUUACAAAUGCGCUCAUAGUCGAGGAAGACUCAAACAUCAUCUCAAUUGAUACUGGGAAGAUUAAAAUCUCUUUUGCAAAGACAGGCAACGAGAUCAUCAAGAAAAUUGUCAAUGCCAAGGGCAGCACGGUUGGUGUGCAAGGCAGGCUGGUUUUGCUUUCUCAAGAUCGCAUCUAUGAUGCCGAUAAACCGGACUCUCUUGUGAAGCACCAUAGCUUCUACGGGCAGAUAACAUCGGUCGAAGUCGAGCAGACUGGUCCUAUUCGUGUUGUCAUAGCCGUUCGCGGAGUCCAUGUUGAAGCAUCUCGAGAAUCUGAGCCGGCUGUUGGAACCCACCAACCAUGGGUACCAUUCACACUCAAAUUCUACCUCUAUGCCGGGUCCAGCCAUAUCCGAAUACUCCACACCAUCAUAUACGACGGCGAUACAAACUGCUUUGUUCGGGGCCUCGGGAUUCGCUUCAAGAUGCCUCUUCAGGAAGAAGCGGCUUUCGAUCGUCAUGUACGCUUUUCGGGAGCAUCAGGGGGCGUUCUUGCUGAGGCUUCUCAGGGGCUUACUGGGCUUUGGAAGGACCCUGGAAAAGAAGUCAGAUCGGCUCAAGUGCAGGGCAGGCCUCUGCCGUCCCCUGAAAGUUGGAAUUCGGAGCUGCCCCAAGCCUCUCUGCGCUGGGUGCCCAUCUGGAAUGACUUUAGCUUGCAUCAACUCUCGCCAGAUGGUUUUACGCUCGAGAAACGACUGAAGGAAGGUCACCCGUGGAUCAAAACCGCGAGCGGUACCAAAGCGGAGGGGGUUGUCUACGUCGGUGGCGCAAAUCGAGGAGGGCUGGCCAUAGGAUCGAGACACUUCUGGGAACGAUACCCAACCGGGAUCGAUGUUCGAGGCGUUGGUGCCUCCCAGGAAGACACCGAGGUGACACUGUGGCUGUACGACCCCAAAGCUGGGCCUAUGGACCUUCGUCCUUAUCAUGACGGGUUAGGUCAGCAAGGUUUUGACGAUCAGCUAGACGCUCUAAAGAUCACUUACGAGGAUUGGGAACCGGAGCUUGGGACGCCUUACGGGGUAGCGCGAACGAACGAGCUGGUGAUCUCAGUGACGGACUCAACACCGGAUGGUGGUGAGUUCUCGUCACUGAUAGACUUGGUUCGAGAACCUCCAAAAUUACUGCCUAUCCCGGAGGCCAUUCACCUCAGUCAAGCUUUUGGUAUGUACUGGUCUCCACUGUCGAAAGUUCUCUCACCCACCGAUGAACAUCUCGAAUUCUUAUUUCAAUUCUACCAGAAGCAAGUGCAACAAAGGCGUUGGUACGGCUUCUGGGACCACGGCGAUAUCAUGCACACUUAUGAUGAAGACCGUCACACCUGGCGAUACGAUGUUGGCGGAUAUGCCUGGGAUAACUCAGAGCUGUCGCCAGAUUUAUGGCUUUGGCUAUACUUUCUGCGGACCGGCCGAACUGAUGUGUUCAAUAUGGCGGAAGCAUUGACACGUCAUACCGGGGAGGUGGAUGUAUACCAUCUUGGGCGGUACCGGGGUCUCGGCACACGACAUGGCGUACAGCACUGGAGUGAUAGCUGCAAGCAAAGCCGCAUAUCGAACGCCUUGUAUCGCCGAUUUUUCUACUACCUGUCUGGCGGCGACGAACGUGUCGGAGAGCUUCUCGAAGAGACGCUUGAUACGGAUCAAAAGUUUCUGGUCCUUGAUCCGUACAGAAAGGUCCGCAAGGACCGAGAAACCUACAGCCCAGAUGUACAUGCAGUUGAAAUCAGUCUGGGAACAGACUGGGCAUCGCUUGCAGCUUCCUGGCUUGUCGAGUUUGAGCGACGAGGGAUCGGUGCCCUGCGCAACGGCUUUGUCACAGGGAUUGCAACUUACAAUCCGUCAACUGGGGCCAUCUCGCCACCUGCUUCGGACCCUGAGAACAAUGGAGUGGUCAAAGUGUCCCAUCUAUCAGCGAUGUUCGGAUUGUUUGAGGUGGCGGCCGAUAUCCUGCAGCAGUUUCCAGAGAAAGCAAACGCAACUGGGUUCAGGAACGCAUGGCUAGAGUAUUGCACCUUUUUCAACGCUAGUUUAGAGGAACAGGAAACGCGAUAUGGUAGACCUGGCUGGGGCAGACUACAGCUAAGACAAGGACACUCACGUUUAACUGCCUUUGCGGCGAGCGAGCUCAAAAGGCCUGAUUUAGCUGAACGGGCGUUGGAGGAGUUUGAGAAUGGGGAUGGAUUUCGGGACUACGGUCCGAAAACAGUCUGGAAAAGUACACCAGUGAGCAGAAACCAUGUUCUUGAGCCUGCAGAUGAGGCUGCUUGGGUUUCUACCAAUUGCACUGCAUUGUAUGGUCUGGCAGCUAUUCAGAAUCUGGCACUGUUGACAGGAAAAACAAGGGCAGCAAAGUAG